GCUCCUCGGAUUGGCCUCUUGGUUUCCUGGGUCACAGCGAGAAAACGAGGACACAUUAUACGCAUGGAGCCCAACAUGAACAGCACUAAAGGGAAACAGCGCGCAAGGGAAGUGCUCGAAGUGGAGGACGAGGAACAGCGCCAUGAACGCAUGCAUGAGCUGUUGUCUAGGGUGGAUGGAGACGCAGGCGCUAGUCCUCCUCAAGUGCCUCGAUCUUUUGACUUUGGAGACAGGAGCACAUUCCCAGAUGCUCCUCCCUUAGAACUGUUGUCUCGCGUCCAAGCGUUCCUGCCAGAGCUGGCGGCGUCAAAUGCCGAGCUGCUCCGACGAGCGAAGGAAGACCCUGAUAGCGUAGAUAUCGAAAACCUCAGUGAGGAUCAGGCGCAGUACAUCGAGAUGAAUCUCGGCCUGGGAGUAUUCGAGAGUCGCGGGCAAGCUCCUGCGAACAUUCCUGUCGCAGACGUCGACCUCGACGACGUCGAGAUGGACAGUUCUGAACACUCUUCCUCCACCUCCGACUCCGACUCCACCUCUUCCUCCUCCUCAAGCCCCUCGGACGACUCUGGCUCCGACUCCGACUCCGACUCCGACUCUGACUCUGACCCAAGUGAAGACUCGGACGUCGACGACAUCGUCCUCCCCCCUCUAGCCCCAGGUCCGUCGGCGACGUCUAAUGCCGACGCGCGGCCCAUCAGACCGCUGCCCAAGCGCACACGAGGACAAGGCGGCCCUAGCCCUGGCCAGAAGCCAGAGAUAGUCGUGCUAUCCGAGAGCCAUCACAGCGACGGCGAUGGCAAUCCGAGCCCCUGAGGUCCGAGGACAGCUCUGUGACGGGACGACCGGGGCCGAGUCCCCUGGCGCGGAGAUGCCUCAUCCCGCAUUCCGACGCUCUGAUGUACCUACCGUGCGCCUGUUCAUGUUCGUCAGAAUCUGUUGCCCGCGUUCCCUCGCGUCCCCUCGGUGCCCGUCCCCGCCGAACUAGCGACGUACAUCCCGGGCAUGAUGUUCGCACAUGCACCCACACAUCCUCG